AUAUGCCAACACCUCAGCAAGCUGAAGAGCGCGCCCAGCGAGCUGCAACUAGACUCAUUGCCAAGCGAGAUGCUUUGGAAGCAGCUGCGAUUGCAGCAGCUACUGUAUCGGGAUCAAAUACCCCUGUAGCUGGACCUAGUGCUGCUCAGCAGGCGAUGAUGAAAUUGAAUUUUAGCUCAGGCUCAGAAUCGGAUCUUCCAUCUCCAAGCGAAGGCGGAAGGCAUAGCGCUGGAAGUGCUUAUUCUCCGAACCACGGCAUGUUCACCACCCGAAACGUUGCUGUAUCUGAGGCAGGGAUCUCGUCUCCUGAUGCUGCUUGUCUACACCUGCAAGAGAAUCUUGAGCGUGUAAAAGAAAUCGGAAGGGGAGCUUCUGGUGUGGUUUACAAGGCCAUCCAUAUUCCGACACUGAAAGUAGUCGCCAUUAAGGAUGUUCCUGUGUACGGGCGAGGUCAACGUCGGCAAAUGGUUCGCGAGCUCCAUGCGCUGUACUCAAACCUUGUGCCCAUGGCAGAUAAUGGUAACCCGGUGCCUAAGCAUCCUGCUCCCGGGAAAAGCACUAGCAAGCCGAAAGCAAGGCCCAGUCCCUACAUCGUCUCCUUCUACGAUGCUUUUGUCGAUCGCCCCAAAAAUUCAAUCUGUAUGGUUAUGGAAUACAUGAGUACGGGGUCGCUGCAGGAUAUCGUUUUGCGCGGUGGCUGUCAGAAUGAAAAGGUGCUGGCGCGACUAGCCACUGGUGUGCUGCACGGCUUAGCCCAUAUCCACAACAAGCGGAUGGUUCAUCGCGAUAUAAAGCCACACAACUUGCUUACGAACCGACAGGGCGAAGUAAAAAUUUCGGAUUUCGGCUUGGCGCGCACUCUGAAUGAUAACUCCAGCUCAACGAAAACUUUUGUGGGCACCCUACUGUACAUGGCUCCUGAGCGGAUAGGUGGUGGAAAUUAUUCCUAUCCAGCUGAUAUUUGGUCCUUCGGACUAGCCUUGAUAUCUGUUGCUCUGGGUCGCUAUCCGCUUCCGACGCAGGAUGGGUUCUUCGGCUUGUUUGAUUCGGCGAGUUUAGGCUCAUUGUUUGCUUAUUUGAUGUGUUUGUUUAACAUUGUCGCCUGUAUGUUUGCACAGGUUUCAAAUGAACAAUGUCUCAAGUUGCCAGCGGGGUCAUUUUCCCAGGAAUGUCGCUCGUUUAUUUAUCAGUGCCUAACAAUUGACCCAGUCGAGCGGCCAUCAGCAGAAAUCCUUCUUCAGCAUCCUUUUAUUCAUAAGUACACCGCCGAAGAAACCUCGACAGAGUGGGCAUCGUUCGUCAACAGAAUACAUCUCUGUGAAGAACGUAGUAGUGAACUGGAAUCUCUGAGUGACGCAGCUUACCGACAUAUGUAUGAGCACUCGGUCAAGUUCUCGCAUUUGCCACAGUCCGACUACGGCGCAUCUUUCGUGUCACAAGCGACCCCGACGUUCUCUCGGCGAGAAAUAUCUCUUCAGCAAGUUCAAAUGAGCUUACAGCUCGGAUUGGCGAACUACUUGAAUGUUCCUGUUCACUUAGUGCACGAGAAAUUCGAAGAGAAACGUUGUUUUUACAGCGACAAGCUACUGGAAGAUUAUUGCUACUCACCACAGAGCUGGACGGCCUCACCUGGAAUUGCUCGGCGUCAACAGUUUGGUAUCGGCACGGAUAGCCCUCAGUGCACACCUCGAGAAAAGGGUUCGUUCUGGAGAAAGCUUCAGGAGAGUAUGGCAAAACUUGGACAUAGCAAACGCAGGAAAGAGCGAGAAAGAGGGCGCUCCUCGGCGGGAUUAUAG